AUUAUGGGUAAUACAGAAUUUUGGUCUAAUGGCGGGUGUUAAGUGCUGUAAGUGAUUAAUUGACCCGUUUGUUUGGGUUUAUUUCUCUUCCUGAAGUUUCCGUUGGUUUUUAACUUUUUGGAGCCGUUAUGUCAAAGACUGUGGUGUAUUUCUAUGAUCCAGAUGUGGGCAACUUUCACUAUGGAAGUGGCCAUCCAAUGAAGCCUCAUCGACUCGCACUUACCCACAGCUUGGUUUUACACUAUGGACUUUACAAGAAGAUGAUGGUAUUCAAACCAUACAAAGCCUCCCAGCAUGAUAUGUGCCGCUUCCAUUCAGAAGAGUACAUUGAUUUUCUUCAGCGAGUGAGCCCUAACAACAUGCAGGGAUUCACUAAAUGCCUGAAUACAUUUAAUGUGGGUGAUGACUGUCCUGUUUUCCCAGGGUUAUUUGAAUUUUGUGCACGGUAUACCGGUGCUUCGCUGCAGGGUGCUACACAAUUGAAUAAUAAGAUUUGUGAUAUUGCAAUUAACUGGGCAGGAGGACUACAUCAUGCGAAGAAAUUUGAGGCUUCUGGAUUUUGUUAUGUCAAUGACAUCGUCAUAGGCAUUCUGGAGCUACUAAAGUACCAUCCUCGUGUGCUGUAUGUUGAUAUUGACAUCCACCAUGGAGAUGGAGUCCAAGAAGCCUUUUACCUUACAGACAGAGUAAUGACUGUAUCCUUUCACAAGUAUGGGAACUACUUCUUUCCAGGGACAGGUGAUAUGUAUGAAGUUGGAGCGGAGAGUGGAAGGUAUUACUGUCUUAAUGUACCACUACGGGAUGGCAUUGAUGACCAAAGUUACAAACUUUUGUUCCAGCCAGUUAUUCGACAGGUGAUUGAUUACUACCAGCCAACAUGUAUAGUAUUGCAGUGUGGUGCAGAUUCUUUAGGUUGUGAUCGUCUAGGUUGCUUUAACCUGAGCAUCAGAGGUCAUGGAGAAUGUGUGGAGUUUGUCAAAAGCUUUAAUAUUCCCCUGUUGGUCCUGGGGGGAGGAGGAUACACUGUUCGUAAUGUUGCACGGUGCUGGACUUACGAGACAUCACUGCUGGUGGAUGAACAAAUCAGUGAUGAGCUUCCUUAUAGUGAAUAUUUUGAGUACUUUGCUCCAGAUUUUACCCUUCACCCAGAUGUCAGUACACGUAUAGAAAAUCAGAAUACCAGACAGUACCUGGAUCAGAUCAGGCAAACUAUUUUUGAAAACUUGAAAAUUUUGAAUCAUGCUCCUAGUGUCCAGAUACAUGAUGUUCAGUCUGAUGUUCUGAACUUUGACAGAACCGAAGAAGGAGACCCUGAUGAGAGGGGCUCUGAGGAUGCUUAUUCCAGGCCUGAAGCUCCAAAUGAAUUUUAUGAUGGGGACCACGAUAAUGACAAAGAAAGUGACGUGGAAAUCUAAGAGGGACAGUACUGUAGACACUUUGGAACUGGAGGUCACUUACCACAUGAACUGUGUUGAUACAUCGGACCUCUGCUGCUGAAAUGUCAUAGAUAGGAGUUACAGAAUGGAGUCUGUGCUCCAGAACAGUGCCAUGCCCUGACAAGCAGCCGCAUUGUGAGAGACUGUAGCUUUGCCAGGAAUGUGCAUUGCCUGUGACAUGUUAACAUAAGCACUUUUGGGCGAAUGCCAAAAAAAAAUACUGUACCAGUCAUAUUGACUUCAGUCACAGUUGUGGUGCUUUGCUGCAUUUGUAUGGAGACAAAUUUAUGAAAUCCUAUUCAGUCUACCGCUCCAUCUGAGCAGUGUGCCAUGCCUUUUGAGUAACACAUUGGGGAUUACCCACAA